CUCUUCUCCGCACGCAAACUUCCCGAGUGCUGUUGCUACUUCGCCCACUCACCAUCUGCCCGCAGAGCUCCCGCUAAACUUGUCUACGAGCGGAAUCCCUCGACAUCUUUAUUGGAUAUUCCAGCCCUUCGUUUCUCCCACUGAGCCGGGCCAGGUGCACCCAGAACCCCCUCUUUUGCGGUGCAUCCCCCAACCUGAUCUCUUGCAUACCAUGUCCGCCGUCUCAACGUCCACCCUGAACCCCCAGGGUCAGGGGAUCCGUCAAUCAGCCCGACAGACACGAACUAAUCCUUCUCGAACCUCCAAGACCGUCAGCCGCACUUCAUUCGGUGUCAGCCGGGGCUCGAUAGCCGAGAUUCCCGCAACCCCCCCUGUUCCUCAUGGCUUUUACCCUGCGCUUACGCAUUUCACCGACGCGAUUACAGCGCUGCCGCGGGAGUUCCGCAGACACAACUCGCUGUUGAAGGAGGUUGAUGCCAAGGCGUGGGCGCUCGAGGAAAAUCUGCUGCAGCUCUUGCAGAUUUCGUCCGAGUCGCAACCUGUGCCGCACCCGCCUCACCCGGCGCCUAUCGUCGGUGGUGUGGUGCGGGAGGAUGUCUUGCCCAAGGAACUCUCCCAAUCCCCAGAGUCGCCCGAGAGCAAGGACCGUCGUCUCCUCUUCGAUCGCGUACGUCAAAGCCUUACCGAUCUGAUGAUGACGGCCGAUGAGAAGAACCAUGUGAUUUCCAACGCAAAUGAGGAAUUGGACCGUCAAAUCGUUCGGCUGGAGACUGUGUUCCCGUACAUCGCGGGCGAGAUCAGCGACGAGGCUCGUCUGGGUAGUCUGACACAUUGGGCAUACUCUAACAAGAGUGCUGCUGCCAAGGCUGCGACCAACGAGCGACCGCGCCGUGAGGCUGUGGCCCAGCGACAGGAUCUCACGCAUGUGCUCCACGAGGCUGAAGUUGCCAGCCGUAGUGAAGCGCGGCGCGAAGCCGUUCGGGCUCGGGCUCGACGACCAAAUCAAGAUGCAGACUAUGAGGAAGGUCGUGCGCCGCGUAAGACAAACCCUGGAAAGUCUCGUGGUGAAAAUGCGACGGGCGAGAAUGCGGCGCCCAAGCGGCGCAAAUUGGAACGUCCUGUGACGUUGGAUACGGGGGCGCCGAUGGAGCGCUCUGCUAGUGGAACUGGUGGGCAGCGUGGUGCCAACAAGGAUGGUGCGGAGAAGAAGCGAUCCCGUGCGCCUAAUCCGAACGCAGCUGCAGCUCGCAAGAAGACCACCGCCGCUUCGAACGCUGGAUCGCCCGUACUGGCCCCCUCGCCUCUUAUCGGCACCUUUAACAAUACCCCGCGUGGUGCUGCUAGCCCAGGCCCGAACACUUCCCGUCCACAAUCCUCGCGAGCCCAACAGAACGCCGGGCAGACGAGCAAUGCUCGACAACGACCCUCUUCCUCCGCGUCCAAUCGCGUUGGCCAAGCAAACUCUUCCAAACCGGCAGAGCCCAGAGCUACUCCCCGCGAGCCGGUCAAAACCGAAGUCACCGUUCCAGCAGCCCGCGAUGUGGAAGAACCUGGCACCAGAUCCGCGCUAGCAGGAGCCAAUCGCGAAGAGGACCGUCCGGCAGACGCAGUCGAGCCCGAGCCCGCCAGCAAAGGCCGCAAUUCGAAGACGUCUACCCCCCUCCUCUCUACACUCGCCGAGCCCACCCAAUCUCGCUCACGGCCAACACGAGGCAAUGACCCUGCGCCUAAGCGGACGGCCAAGAAACCGCCUGUGCAGCCUGCAAUCCCCUCGGACGAAGAGUCUAUCCACGAAGGCGACGAUGAGGACGAGGACCAGGAGCCGAGAUACUGCUACUGCAAUGAGGUCAGCUUCGGUGAGAUGGUGGCAUGCGACAAUGAUGCUUGUCCGCGCGAGUGGUUCCAUCUGUCAUGUGUGGGUAUGACGAAACCACCCGGAAAGAAUGUUAAAUGGUAUUGUAACGAAUGCAAGGAGAAUUUGCGGCGUGGUCGCAAUGGGCGGUAGAUAUGUGGAAUUGGCGUGUCAGGUCACCGGGUUUGGACUUGAAUAGACAUGGCUUAUGAAUGUGAAUAUUUUUGGCAUUGGUUGUGGUUUUACUGCUUGUUCGUCUUGGAUCGAUCUUGAUUAUUGAUAUAUGGAUGCCCGGAUGCCCCUUGCAAGAUGAUACCCUAACACCCAUCUUCCCUCCCUUCUGAACGAAAGUGCAGAAUAACCUGGUAGUAUGGUCAUCUGUUGUCCAUUUAUGGCCCAAGACAGUACUUAAAACUACAAGAUGGCAUCUCUAUGCCGACCUUCAACAGAAAAAGCCCUUCUAUCGUAGCAAGAUUCAUGACCCCGUACCAUACCCCGAGUGCUUCACAAAAGUAACCAGACAAUAAUCCUAAUCAAAAAUUCACCAAGCUCCCCUCAACCUCUCCAUAAUCCCACUCCCACCACCCCUCCUCCUCUGCCCACCCCCAUUCUCCACAGAUGUCGAAGCGGCAACCUCCCCCUCCAACCUUCUCCUCAAAUCCUCGAACCGCUCUCUCUCCGCCGCACUCCCACUUCCACUCCCACCGGCACCACCGGUGACCCCACCCCUCCGCUCCCGCUCCCCGAAUAUCCAGGCCGGAACGCGGAAGCCAUGACUAGAUGGUGAUAAACCCGGCAGUAACUCUGCGCGCCAGGCCAUCCCCACUAUCCAGCCGAGUGCGGAGGGGAGGAGCAUGGCGGGGAAUUGGGAGAGGGCGAGUUGGGCGGCGACAAGGUAAGUCGUUGUCUUAUCGGAGAGGAGGAGGGUUAGACUUGGAGGUGUUGGUUUUGAGUUUGAGUUUGGGUUCGUGGUCGUGGUGCUGUUGUUUGUGGCGGUGGUUUCGUCAUUGCCGGCGGUAGUGGUGGCGGACGACGGCGAGGACGAGGAGGAUGUAGUGCCGAUGCGAAAGCGGAAUGUAUGCGGGAUCAUGGCGUAGUACUGCGCCAAUAGGGCGAAGAUCAUUGCCGUUGGGCCGGAGGGGAGAUAAUUCAGUGUGUUGAGGGAGAGUGGCCGGACCAGCAGGGAUAAGAGAAGCGGUGGGAGGAGCGUUGUGUAUGGUAACGUCGU